GUGUUGUACAAAGAGGAGCUGGGGACAGGAACCCCCAUACCUGUCACUCCUGAGGUGGAGAGAGUCAAACGCAACCAAGAACACAUUAGCUCGGUGUUGUACAAGGAGAGUGUGGGGACAGGAACCCCCACCCCAGUCACCCCAGAGAUGGAGAGGGUCAAACGCAAUCAAGAGAUCUGUAGCUCGGUGUUGUAUAAAGAGAACAUAGGGAAAGCCACCCCCACCCCUGUCACUCCCGAGAUGGAGAGAGUCAAACGCAAUCAAGAAAUCAUUAGCUCGGUUUUGUACAAAGAAAAUGUGGGGAAAGUGACCCCAACACCAAUCACUCCAGAGAUGGAGAGAGUCAAACGCAAUCAAGAAAUCAUUAGCUCGGUGUUGUACAAAGAAAACCUGGGGCGAGCAACCCCCACCCCAAUCACUCCAGAGAUGGAGAGAGUCAAACGCAAUCAAGAACACAUUAGCUCGGUUGUGUACAGAGAAGGCUUAGGGAAGGCAACGCCCACGCCGGUCACUCCAGAGAUGGAGAGGGUCAAACGCAAUCAAGAACACAUUAGCUCGGUCCUGUACAAGGAGCAGCUGGCAAAAGGAACCCCAACACCACUGACCCCAGAGAUGGAGAGAGCGAAACGCAACCAGGAGAACAUCAGCUCGGUUCUCUACUCGGACAGUUUCCGGAAGCAAGUCCAAGGCAAGGCCGCCUACGUGCUGGACACGCCCGAAAUGCGGCGCGUGAGGGAGACCCAGAGACACAUCUCCACAGUGAAAUACCAUGAGGAUUUUGAGAAGAGCAAGGGCAGUUUCACCCCCGUGGUGACCGACCCCAUCACGGAGCGGGUGAAGAAGAACAUGCAGGACUUCAGUGACAUCAGCUACAGGGGCAUCCAGCGGCGCGUGGUGGAGAUGGAGAGGAAACGUGUGGACCAGGACCAGGAGAACCUCACAGGUCUCCGUGUCUGGCGCACUAACCCCGGCUCAGUCUUUGACUACGACCCAGCAGAGGACAACAUUCAGUCCAGGAGCUUACACAUGAUCUCUGUGCAAGCGCAGCGCCGCAGCCGGGAGCACUCCCGCUCCGCCAGCGCCCUCAGCCUCAGCGGCGGCGAGGAGAAAUCCGAGCUGAGGAAAAGCUACCGGGCCAUGUACGACUACACGGCGGCCGACGCCGACGAGGUGUCCUUCAAGGACGGGGACACCAUCGUGAACGCGCAGGCCAUCGACGAGGGCUGGAUGUACGGCACCGUGCAGCGCACCGGCAAGACCGGCAUGCUGCCCGCCAACUACGUGGAGGCCAUCUGA